ACAUCUGAGGGAAAGAAGCCUGAGACUAGAAUCAGCCAAGCUGUUAAACUCAGCCUAGUUUGGUACAGUGGUUCCAUACAGCUUGUUUGAUUGUUGUUGUUUUUUACUAUACUCUAGAGUAAACCAGUUGGCUGCUACUAGUUGGCUUGUGACCUUUUAAACUGUAUUUCUGAUAGAAUUAGAAGUUGCAUUCUAGAAAACUUGUCAAUCAAGAGACCACCACAGAAAAAGCUAUGUCUUAUACAUCCAAGCUUCCUGCGUCUUGGAAUGAUAAACCUCCUUCUCGCAAAGUGGAAAUUGACCUGAGUUCCCCUGGAUUGGCCGUGUUUGAGUUGGAAAGACUGUUGUUUACUGGCAAAGCCAUCAUCAGCCACGCAGACGAAGUCUGGCCAAGGCUUUACAUUGGUGACCAACACAGUGCAGAGAACCUGGCAGAUCUAUCCAAGCAUCGAGUCACUCAUAUCCUCAAUGCAGCUCACUGCAAACGCGGAGCACAGCCAGACAUCUACGAGGGCAUGGGGAUCACCUACAUGGGAAUAGCGGCUCAUGAUUCCUGCGGCUUUGACAUCAGCGUCAACUUCCAGGCAGCCGCGGAAUUUAUCCACAUGGCUCUCGGCAGGGGAGGCAAAGUGUUGGUGCACUGUCAGGUAGGAGUGAGCCGCUCGGCCACCCUGGUCCUGGCUUACCUGAUGCUGAAGCAGGACCUGAGCCUGGUGGAGGCUAUUUGUGCUGUGAAAGAUAACCGGGGUGUCAUCCCCAAUCGGGGUUUCCUGCGACAGCUGAUCAGACUGGAUGGCCGGCUCCUUCGCACACGGUGAACUCUACCUGGUAGCGCUACUGGUCGGAUUGCAUGAGUCCAGAACAUAGGAGAAAAUACAUGACAAGAUCAAUAAUUUGGCAUAUUGUUUAAAAUAUAAUAUAAUAAGAUACAUUGGUACGUCCCUGACCAUUGUUAGUGGCCUGUGUCUUUCCGUGUUUUGCAGACAGCCCAGCUGAAGGCUUAAUUGAUGGUCCAUGCCGAUUGGGUGCGUGGUCAGAGCUGGCCCCUUUAAAACUUUUGGAGGACACCCAGGGGCUCGUGCAUGGAGAGAGGCAUGGGCUGCUUUAGCUGCCCCCCGCAGGGACGCAGUCCACCAGCCGCGGAAAGACAGUCCGAGACGGAACCCCCACGAUGCGUUAUGGCCUAUUGUUUUGCCUUUGUUUCUUUGCAACUUUGAGUUUUUGGGGACUUCAUAUAAGACGAAUAAAUUUGUGAUUACUGUUUGCCCUAUCCGCUGAUGUCUGCUAGUUUCCUUAUUUCCCUCGUGUUUGUUUUGUUUAUGCUGCUUAACACCUGCAGGGAACGUAACAUGCAUUUCCAUUCUACUUUUGAUAAUAUUGUUUUUGAAAAGGUAUUGACGCCAUCAGAUUACUUUGUGGAUUGAAAAAUAUAUUUGAACGCAAUCAGUGAUAGCUUAAGGCUUAGUAAUUUUAGAAUUAAUAAUCUUGCCCAUCAAGAGUAUUUGUUCUCUGUUGCGUUCAGUGAUAAUAACCAUAAAUGGACGAUUGAACUUCCAGAAAGUGGGUCGUAUUGUAGGACUAUACAGCCUGCAGCCUGGUCUUCUUAACGCUUCAAUUGUAAAUAAAUUUCCAGGCUUGGCUCCGGCCUCAUCGACAUCCAGGGUUGCUUGGUGGCGACCUACAGCGUGAAGGAGGAUGAGUGAGAUGAGAGAUGCACGGCAUAUAGAAUAUAUGUGUCAAUUCAAAGUGUCUUUCUGUCCUUACUUCCGAGACUGAGAGUUUGUUCCCAUAUGAAAUGCCACUCAAAUUCGCACGUUCACCAAACAUGUCCGUCAUUCCCAUUUCCAUCAACACAUCAUUCAGUUUGUAGGAAGUCUUGAUGGAGAACUUUGGAAUAUAUACCCUAAAAUUGGUACUAGAAAAAGAAGACUAAUAUCUAGAAAUUAAUCCGACAGCAAUACCUAACCUGGACAAAGCUGAGUUGUUAAUACAGUGUUAGACCGAUUUUAAAAAUCAAAAAUGUAGGAAGUUAAAUUCCCCUGACCUGCAAUACAACGAGCUGACCCAUUUGGUGACGCGGUCCGGGCUAAUGGCCUUCUCCAAAGUCGACAUCUUGUCAGGU